GGAUCUAUUCUCUUUCGGCGGCAACUCGUCUUCCCCCAUUUGAAACCCUAAAUCCCUAAUUGACUAAUCUUAGUUGUUCUCCAUAGGCGAUUCGAUGGGAAAGAGAAAGGAGCGCCGCCUCGCGGCUAUGAGCGCUACAAAUCGAAGAGUGAAACUCGAUCUCCUUGCUGAACCCUCUGAGGAGGCAGUGUGCAAUUCUAUUAAUGAGGAAGCUGGAGUGAAUCAAGAACAAGAUCAUUCUGCUAGUGUUCCUUCUUCACCAUCUUCCUCAGGUCAAAAUAAGGAGAAUCCGCUGCUCUUGCUUGGACAGUAUAGUGAUGAUGAAUUGGAUGAUGAAGCAAAUAAACUGCAGAAAGAUGCUGACGACGUGGAUUAUUCAACUGGUUCAGAGGGAAAGGAGCAUGCAGUUGUAACUGAAGAUUUAGGAAGUAACAAGGACGAAGUUAUUGAAGAUAGCACUUGUAAACAAGAGUUGGAUCAAACUGGCAGUCCUAAAGAAUUGAAGGCCAAUGAUACCGAAGCUAUUAAAAAUGCUUGUGUUGAUAUUGAGCACUGUGAAACUGAACUAAUUUCUCAGACUUCUGUAGCUGAGCCAUCUGAGAAUCAAGCUAAUGGUCAUGUAAAUGAACACUGGAAACUGGUGUUGCACGAGGAAAGCAAUCAAUACUAUUACUGGAACACUGUGACAGGAGAGACCUCAUGGGAGGUGCCUGCAGGUCUGGCUGUUGAUGCACAAAACACAGAUGAACAAAGUGUAUGUUCUGCUAUUGAAGAAAAAGGGGCUAAUGCUUUGGAAGCGCAUACUUCUAGUGCUGAAAACGUUGAUUUGGAAAUCUAUGGUCAAGUUCUUGGUGCUGAUGUGCAUGAAACUAACAAUAUCAUCUCCAAAGAGACUGAGGGAUAUGAAAACAUAGAAUUGAAGACUGCGAAGGUUUUUGAUAGCAGUCAAAGUAUUGAACAGUAUUACACUGACAAUGUUACUGCAUCUUAUAGCAAUUUUUCUGGGUAUUCAAACCUCUCAGAUCAUAUUGGGUUGCAUCAUGCAUUGGAUAAUGAAGAGAAGGAUGCUGAUCUGUCAAUACAUUGUGAUCGCCAUGCAAGUGAAGAUGCUCAUGCUUCACAGCUGGUGCAAUAUGGUGAAGCUUUACUGCAGAAGUUGGACAUGCUGCACAGGUCUGAUCAAUGGCUUGAAGGAUAUGAAGGGAUCAGAAAAGAGAUUGAUAUCAGAUUAUCUGAUUGCAGAGCACUUUCAUCAUAUGGUUCAUCCUUGCUUCCCUUUUGGUGGCAUACUGAAGUACAAUUGAAGCAAAUUGAAUCUGCAAUAGACAAAAUUGAAGCUUCCGUUCCAGUUCAAACUGAAAAUUUCAGUGAUUUGAAGGCCGGGCAAAUGGCUCCUCUAGAAGGUUCAUAUUCUGAAGUUACUGAGGAGCACAAAAUUACUGUUACUUCUGAAUUUGUAAAGGAUAUGACCAAAAAUGAGAAUGCUAGUACUGAAAAGGCUUCUCCAAUAACUGAUUUUAAGUCGCAAGGAAGUGAGCAUCAACCAGAGAUUGUUCCGGAGGUCAACCUGCUUCCUGAUUCUUCUAAUGCUGCACCUUCAUUAGUUGAUAAUACUGAAGAAGAUAUGGACGUUGAAAUGGAGGUUGAUGAAGAAAUUCCCUAUUCGCCAACAUCCAUAACUGCAUGUCCAAACCCUUCAGAACAGUUUUUUCAGAUUAAUCUGCCAUCAUCACAGUGCCCUUCAACUCUGCCAAAUGAAUCCAAUGUUCCUCCUCCAGAAGAGGAGUGGAUUCCACCUCCACCUCCUGAGGUUGAACCACUUCCACCUCCACCACCUCCUGAGGGUGAAUCGGAUCCUCAUCCUGAAGAACCAUUAGCACACUUUCCUCCAUCUUAUACUGAGACAACGUCCUAUCCUUUUCCAGAUCAAUAUAAUGUGGGAUACCACAUUCCAGCUUAUGGCUUUUAUACUACCACAGGUUCUGAAGUCUCUAAUGGCAAUUACUAUGGUAUUGUUGGAGGCAGUCAGCUCAUUGAAUCAGAAACACCAGGUUACUAUGAUGAGCCUCAAGCUCCAAGUGUUUUACCAGAAGUGGCUUCUAGUGUUACCCCAGUUGGGUCCGCAACAUACUAUGAUGUUGCAAAUGUGUCUAUUUCUUCUGGACCCGUGUUAAGUAGCAUAGGGCCCUCUGCAUUCUAUGUGGAAUCAAGUGCUGUUAAUUAUCAGGAUAUGGCUCCUGUUAGCGUUCAUGCGGCAACUGUCGAUCUUCCUGUAGAUUCUCUAGACAAUUAUCUACCCAAGGCAAGUAAGGAGUCUCAAGUAAGAACUUUACAGGCUUUAUCCGGCCUAUCAUCUGUUCAAGCUUUGGUAAGUUCAUCAGAAAAUGAUAGGAGUUUAGAUGCUCAAUCUCCAGCUUCUUCAAAGAAUGAAUCUGUUAAGCCGGUUCAACCUGAAUCAAAAGUUGUGCGCAGCAAGAAGCGAGCGGUUGCUGUUGCUCCAACUCUGAGGUCUAAUAAGAAAGUUUCCAGUCUUGUGGAUAAGUGGAUGGCUGCGAAAGAAGAGCUGCAUGGUGAGGAGGAACCUGAGAACGCUCUAGAGAUUCUAGAAAAGAAACGUCAGAAAGAGAUAGAGGAAUGGCGUGCUCGUCAGUUUGCUACCGGAGAAGCCCAAGAUAAUGCAAAUUUUGUUCCUUUGGGUGGUGACUGGCGAGAACGAGUGAAACGUAGGAGAACAGCUAAAGUAAGAGCCGAAGAUGCUCAAACAUCAACAGCAGUGAUUGAGAAAGAGAAAAAACAGCCUGAUCUAGCUGAACUCACCAAAGAUCUUCCUUCGGGUUGGCAGGCCUACUGGGAUGAUUCGACAAAGCAAUUCUAUUAUGGAAAUCAGACCACCGCAGAGACGACAUGGAACAGGCCGACAAGAUGAAUUCUCGCUCCUAUUGACCACCUGUGAGCGUCUUCUUUAACGAAUUCCUCUCUUUGGCGCCGAUGACCUUGUUGUUGAUGCAUCACCUGAUUAUAAUUCUGUACAAUAUAGUUUAAUUAUUAUCAUCUCUUGUCCUUCACGUUCCCUCCAUUAACACAUGUUAUGUUUAUUUGUCUUCUUUGCAUUAUAUUUUGUUUUUUUUUUGUGCUUAUUGUUUGGUUGUUCUUCUAAGCCCCACUCAUUUAGGAUAUGUAAAGAAUUCAGUUUCUUAAUUUGUAUUGUCUUGUUAGUUAGCCUUUGAGGUAUAUCUGACUCUAAGCAUAAGGUCUUCUCCAGUCAUAGUAAAUCCACUAGUUUUGAUAUUGCAAA